UUGAUUUACAGUAUGGCUGACGACGGCAAAAGAUACAAAUGAAAUCCACGUUCUUGAUAUUUAUCUUUUCAAUGACGGCAACACGAUUGAAUCUGAUCAAUCUCAAUCAAUCUGAUGACGCGAGUGUUUCGAACAAACGAACAGUUUCUUUCAAUUAGAAUUAGGAUGAGCGUAAAGCGGUACAUCCAUCCAAGGAACAAAUACAAACGACCACCAGAUUAUAAGCAACUUGCGAUCAUGUAUCCGGAAUUUCGCGAGAUCGCGAUGAUGGAUCUUACUGGAAAGAUAAGAAUCAAUUUCAAAGAGAGGAAGAGCCUACAGGUACUUACGGAGACGCUUCUAAAACACGAUUUCAAUCUGCAUAUAACCAUUCCAGCGGACAAUCUGAGUCCUGCAAUCCCACUGCGUUUAAAUUAUAUUUUAUGGAUGGAAGACUUGAUGACUCAUUCCAAAUUGAAGAUGGACAAGAUUACAGGCAUUGACAUCGGAACAGGAGCAAUUUGUAUAUAUGCUUUACUGUUGGCAAAACUAUACAAAUGUCAAAUGAUUGGCACAGAAGUGGACAAGGAAAGUGUGGAGUAUGCCCAGGAAUGCAUAAAAAGAAAUAAAUUAGAAGAUCUAAUUGAAAUAAUUACAGUAAACUCCAAAAGAAUUUUUAAGGAUGUAGUGCGAGAUGAUAGAACUUACGAUUUCUCGAUGUGCAAUCCGCCGUUUUUUGAAAGGGAUGACGACUUCGAAAAAGUUGAGAAGGCUCUGCCACCAAGAAAUGCGCCCACUGGAAGUACUGGCGAGCUGAAAAUCGAGGGUGGCGAAAUAGGUUUCGUGACGAGGAUGAUCGAAGAAAGCGUCGAAAUGGGAAAUAGAAUAAAGAUUUACAGCACAAUGAUCGGCAAGAAAGCUGAUUUGAUCAGUUUGAAACGAUUGCUAGCAUCGAAAAAUAUAAAAAAUAUGACAUGGACAGAAUUUUGCCAGGGUCAUACAACACGAUGGGGUUUGGCUUGGAGCUUCUUAUCGCAAAACAUUAUAAACCUAACUACAGCACCUGUCAUCAGAAAACGCGGAAAAUCCAUAGUGCGAUCGUUGAAGAAUUAUAAAACUUCAAUAACAUUUCCUAUGGAUGACAAAUUUUCCUGUUUAGACGAUGUAAUUAGUUUUUUGAAAGCAACUGCAGAAGAAUUAAACAUAAAACUGCAAGAUGUACCUAUUCCUGAGGAUAGUUUCGAUUGUUGGGUCUGUCAAAUAACUACUGGAGAAAGAUCAUGGGAACAUAUGCGUAGAAAGCGGCGUUUAGCGCAACAAGCCGCAUUAAAAAGAGCGAAAGGUGACGACAGCGAAUACAUUGAGAAUGUGCAUACUGAAGAAACUUCGAUUAUUGAAAAUGACACAAAAAGUUCGCAUGGAGAAAAUUCUAAUAAACAAUUACCUGACAAACACAGUCCCUUGCUUGUCUGUACGUUGUGGAUAGAGACUGAAAGUCUUGACGAUUCUCAAAAUGUAAUUACUCAACCUAACGAGGUAUUCAGAAUAUGGAUGGUGUUUGACAACGGGUCUGGUGGUUUGGACGCGUUACAUUCGCUGCGACAAUACUUGAUAAAUAAAAUGGAAAUAAGGGAAAAGAUUUUAGACAAACCAUUAAAGAGAAAGAAAAAAAAAUUAAAAAAAGAAUGAUGGAACAGACGCUAUUCUAGUCAAAAUCUGGUAGAAAGGAUUAAGCAAAUAAACAAUGCAGAAAAUUUUCCACAAGGAUCUUAAUUAGAUCACUAUGUUACAUAUAAAACAAUUUAUUCCAUGCAACAUGUUAAAGAAAAUUUGUAACAGGAUGAUAUAUAUGUAAACAAAGUUCGUAACGUUUCUUUAUUUCAUGAUAUAUGUAAUUCGUGUAACUUUAUUACUACUAGCUUUAAAAAGUUCCCGGAAUUAAUUUAUCAUACAGAAAUAAGUAAUUUUACAUCUUUCACAUUAUUUCAAUGUAAAGAGUAAGUAUAGUAAUAUACUUUUCUCUGAGGAAAUUACUUUAAAGGAAAUAUUGUAUAGAGUAUUCUCUUGUAUAGAGUAAUAUAGAGAUGUAAAGUAUUUCUGUGUAAUAAAUCAAUUUCGAAAACUUUUUGAAAUUAGUAUAUAGGACUCCCUUUUCAAUUAUUAUUAUUUCAAUUACUUCUUUAUAAUUUGGCUAAGUGCAAUGCGAUAAUUUAUUACGAUUAUUAUUGCAAUGUGAAACUGAAUCCUUCGAGAGAAACGAGGGCAGAGAUUUGACUAAUUUAAUCGAUCGCAUUUUUACUAUCGCUGUAAAAAGAUUUCUGGUGCUCUCUUUAGAUCCGAUCUCGCAUAAAAUCUAUGAGGGCUACAACGAAAUAAUCAGCACUAUUUUUAUUCAAUAAUCAAAAUCAAAAACCUAUUAUCGGACUACCGAUAUCGCGGUAUCGUUCUUCGGUCAAACCGCGGUGAGAGAUUCCAGAUCUGGCCAUGGAUAGAUUCAUAGAUAUAAUAUAUAUAGACCGAGCGUAAGGCGCAUAAAGCAGGGAUCAGAUAGAGAGAGACAGGUAAUAGAACACGAGCACUUCGCUCUUUCUAAUGAGAGAGUGAGAGAGAACGCUUGCUUAUUUUGCGCUUUUUGUCCUUAACUAUCUGAUCCUCAUUCUCGUUUUCUGGAUACGCUCGGUCUAGAUAUACUAUGUCUAUGGAUAGAUUCAUGAAGCGAGCGUGAAAUGAACUAUAAUUUAUAUUAACAGUAGAAUAACAACUGAGUCUUUUGCUUAAGGCCCUAAAUUGCGAAAUCGGCUACGAUUUGCAAUGACUCGGUCGAUUAACAAUUGGUUACUGCAUAUUUUAAUUACAUGAUCAAAUAACGAUACCAUUCGCUACAUUAUACUCUUUUCUCGUCACCAUUCUCUGUAUUAAAUUAGAGAUGCAUAUAGUAUAUCUCUAUGUCAAACAAACAUAUCAAUUAGGUAAGAAAAUCUGAAUUUAAGAAUAACUAUAAAAAUAAGAGGAAGCACUUCCUUGUGAACCACUGUAAUAAAAGAAGAUGAAAGAAGAUGGAUCAUGCUCGUAAAGGAUUAACUGUAAGUGAUACCUUCUUUCUUCUCAUCGGUAGCAAUUUAGGUAGUAUAAUUCAUACCUAACAAAAAAUCGUUAUCUUGUAAAAAGAAAGGAAAAAAA